AGUAACGCAGCCCAACCCAGGUGAGUACUGUUCGGCCCAAAAACGGUGCAUGUGUCGAUGGACGCGCCGUCAAAACAGCCCAUUCUUCUUCUUGCCAUGUUCUAAAAAGCUGCUACGCCUAUUCUUUGUCGUUGUCUUCAAACAAUUUCUAUACACCACAGAAAAACAAAAACACGCAAAGUACAACUAAGUACUCAACUUGUAGGAUUGACUUUAAUUGAGUUCACAUGGCUGCUACUAAGACUCGAACAAGUAGCUUUUCUCGUAAUUUUUCAGCCGUGCCCUCUUCUCGGACACCUGGUCUUAAGAAUGGACCAAACGGGACUGUUUUUGUUUCAUCAGGAAUACCGGAUCUUGACAAGAUUCUAGGAGGUGGGUUUCCUCUGGGAAGUCUUGUGAUGGUGAUGGAAGACAGUGAUGCACCUCAUCAUAUGCUUUUGCUGAGGAAUUUCAUGUCUCAAGGGCUGGUCCACAACCAACCUCUUCUGUAUGCUAGUCCUGCAAAAGAACCUCGAUCAUUUCUUGGUACUUUACCAAGCCCGUCAACAUCAAAAGAUGACAAGACACGUGAUCAUGAUGUCGGACAGCUGUCGGAAAAUGGACUGAGGAUUGCAUGGCAGUAUAAAAAGUAUUUUGGGGAACAACCGACGUCGGAUCAUCAAAGUCGAGAUGUAAAACUUGAGUACUGCAAUGAGUUUGACUUGCGGAAGCCCCAAGAUAGACACUUUUUAAAUGGACAAAGGAUUGAAUGCAUCAGCCUUCGAGAAUGUUCAAAUAUGUCCACUCUUCUUGACCACUGUUCAACCUUUUUAUCUCAAAGACAGGAGAGCAAUACAACCUGUGCUGGACGAAUUGCUAUACAAUCAUUUUGUUCGCCACAAUGUCACUUUUCUGACUUGGACUGGGAUAUGCUUUCUUUCAUUAGAUCCUUAAAAAGCAUUAUAAGAGCUUCAAAUGCAGUUGCUGUACUUUCAUUCCCAGCUUCCCUGCUUUCCUCAUCAUUCUCAAAGCGGUGGCAGCAUUUGGCUGAUACUUUGCUGUCAGUCAGAGCAAUUCAAGACGAGGACAAAGAGUUGGCAAAACUGCUCACUGGUUACCAGGACAUGAUUGGCCUUCUCAAUGUACAUAAGGUUGCUCGAUUUAAUACACAGGUUCCUGUUAUUUUAGAUGCAACAACAUUUUCUAUGAAGCUGCAGAAAAGAAGGUUCUUAGUCUUGGAAUGUUUAAAUCAAGCCCCUGUAGAUGGUUCCAGUGGCAGUUCAUAUGGAACCACUGGUAGUUGUUCUGGAUCUUCGAAGACAGGCUCCCUUGACUUUUAGUUGCUAGCAGGUUUAGCCAGGGGAAGUCACUCCCUGCUUGCAUUUUCUCAUUGGUCUGGUCUAUGGUAAUUUUGACUGGUGGAAGGAUCCUCCGCUCCCAGCAAGAAAUUAAAGAACCUAAAGGACCACUGCUGUUGUACCCUAUAUAUAGUAUUGCAAAGCAUUGCACUAAAUACCUGAAUUUGGGUAGAUGAACAAAGACAGCUUGGCCUGCCCUUGAUGUGAUAUUACUAGCAUUUCCCUAAUAUACUGGCAGUCGGCAGAUGCGUUUGUAAGGGAAAUGAUUAUCCUAUGGAUGGUUUGAAUGUUGUGUUAAUAAUGUGAGGUAGAUCAUUGUUUAGCAGCCUUAAGUUACAGUGUACUCUGAUUACUAUACACCGAAUUGUUCAGUUAGUUUGUUGCACCAAAUGUUUUAAUAUAGGUUCCUAUAUUUUUUA